UUGAGAACAUGCAAAGAUUUGGACAACAAUUGAUGUGGCUGCUGCUGGCCUGUAUGGCUAUUAGCUUUGCCCAGGGUUGGCUGGUGAAACUACCCAAACUGGAGAAUCUGAUGGAGAAACUGGAGGCCGAGAAAGAGGCUUUUGAUGCAAAGAAAGAGAAGGAGCUCAACUGGUUUGAGGCCAAAAAGGAUAAGGAGCUGCUCAAGAAGCUGGAUUUUCUCAAUUUAUUUGGUGCCAAGGAGGAGGCCAAAGAGGAAAAGAAACUGAACGAGUGGGAGAAGUUCAAGCAGUGGUGGGAGGAGAAAAAGCAAAAAGAGCUCAAUUUCUUUGAGGAUAAAAAGGACAAAGAGCUAGAGCUGUUGGAUGAAAAGCUAAGCAAAAAGACGAACAAAAAAACUAAGAAACAAAAGUCAACCACGGCGACAAGUUGCUGUUAUGGCUAUGAGAAGGACCAGACCACAGCAGCUGCUUAUUCAGCCGAGCAGGAAGACGACAACGACACCGAGGACGAAGAUGAAGUGGAGCAAUACCAGGAGGAGGUCACACAGAAGUCGUGUCCAAAGAGCUAUGGCAAUUAUGGCAGCAGUUAUGACGUUCGAGACGACGAUGCCGAGGGUAUACGCUACUUUACCUGAAAUUCCCCCAAAAGAAACCAAAAAAGAAAAAACAAAAAAUAACCCCGAAAAAGAAACUGAUACGGAAACUGAGAAGAAAUUGGCCAUGUACAUAUAUAUAUAUAAAUAUAUAUAUAUAGGAAAGUAUCUGAUGUAAUUACAUUUUUAAUAAAUAUGAUUAAAACCAAAAGCAAUACAUAUGUAUGUAUGUAUGUACCUAAUGUAUUCAUAUGUAUGUACUUAUAUAUUAAACUUACUUCUACAUAGAA